AUGGAGGCACCCACGCCGAGAGACGGCGCGUACGCGGAGGGGUGGAGGGCCCGCCGACCCCGGCAGAAGGGCUCUCGGGGAUCCCCUGGGUAUCCCGAUGGGCCGCCCCGACAUGCUGCCGAGGCGGAGCUAAACUCUCCUGAGCCCCCCCGUGCAAGGGCCGGGAGCGGGGCCGUAGUCCGGGAGUUUCUACGGCCUGUUAGUGAGCUGCCACCUUCGCCCCGGUACCAAGAGCGCAUCCGAGUAUCUACCAUUUGCAAAGCCCACUAUCCUGCGGGGAGCAAGAGCCCUGGCCCACGGAUCUGCACUUUUAAAAGCCGAAGGGACAGCAGGAGCGGAUUCAGUCGACAAUUCACAUUUCUAGCUCAGGAAAAGGAGUCUGAAGGAAACGGUCUCGGGCCGUGUGAAGCAAGGUGGAAGGUGAGUUUUGAUUGUGGGCACAUGCUUCUAGGCACACCUGCAGUGAGUGAUUUUCCUGCCGGGCAACAAUUCUUACAAAAGCAGGUGCUGAAAGAACAUACUGAUUUUUGUAACUAUCAUGUUGAAAUUCCUCAUCUGCUUGCUGUAUGUAUUAAAUAUGCUCCAGACAUCUCCUCUGUCCUGUUUCAUGAUAAUCAUUACUGCUCCCCAAAAUACAGCCAGACUUGUCUCAGUUGUGAUACAGAAUUAACUUGCAGAUAAUAGUUUCAAGGGACUAUAUAUAAAGGGGAAAAAACCCCUCAAAACCUUCUAUAUGAGGCUCUGUGACUGCAACAGACUAUUUUGGUGACAAUUUCAAUGCCUGGCUUCCUCGGGACUUUUACUGAUAACCUCAGUAUUUAACUACCCUUUAUUUCCUCCUCUAGCCCUCAAUUCAAUUUCUGAUUUGGUUGAGGUUUCCAGGUAGCUCCAGAAAAAUAUAUGAUCCUGAGCACCCACCCCUGCAUCCAGCCUGUGUAGCGCGAUUCCACAGGGAGUAGCUGUGUUAUGAGACACAGGCAAGCCUGACUCCACAGCCUCUGAGCACAGAAGCGUGUUCUCUUCGUAUCCACUAGCUGCACAGCACAACAAAAAAUGUCUUCAGUGACAACCCCUACUUCCAGCCUAUGGAGCUGUGUUUAUCCUGCUUUCUGUUAAAAAAAAAAAGGGAAGGUCUAAGAUUACCUAAUGCCAAGAAAGCCCCCAAAAGUGGGUCUCACCUGAGUCAGCCAGCACAGCAUUAACUGACCUGAAAUGCUGUGACCAAGGCAAAUUUAUUGCCACAAAUGAGAUUAUCUGGAGCUAGCCCUGUAACCUGUCCUUUAACUCCAGCUGUGGAGACUGCCUGUGGAUCUCUGAAGGCUGAACUAUCUCCUGCUAGCCCCUGACUCACCGGACAGCAAUUGCUCUUAACAGCCUCCUCACAGGGAUCACUGAGUGCAGUGACAGUGGGGCUGCAGCGCUGGGACCACUGCUGGUGCUGCAUCUCUAGGAAUGGUUUUCCAGCCAAGUGACUCUGGGAUGCAUCUGCCACUGGCAUCCAGUUUCACAGACAGCCCAUGAGCAACUAAGUCUGCAAAGAAAUCAGCUCCUGAAGGGGAUUUUUGGUCUCCAGCAAUGCAGUUUGCACUGAAGUGGGACAGGAGUUAAACAACCCCACCUGCAAACAGUCAAAUUAAUGACCUCCAAAUUACUGGGAGUGACAGAAUACCUGCUUAUGAGAUGAGGGUGGCAAUGACCUUCCCCACCAUAGAUGCACUGAAUUUAUGUGAAGAGAUUCAGAGAGGGAAAAUCUACUACUUCUCUCAUUGAAAUUUCACUGAAGUGGAAUCCAUCACCCCAACAGGGAAUUAUAUUUUAAACUGCUUUAACGCAGUAUCCAUGUUCAAAUUGAUUAGCCUAUUUCAUCUCAAUGGAAAUUCUCACCUCAUUACAUUAGUGACCAAACUUCAAAUAAUUUUGAAAUCAAAUACUACGUAACCAGUAUUUCAAAAUACUUGGCUGACAAAAUGAAUCACUUAAUUUCGAAUUACUGUCUGUGUUUUCAUGCUAUGUCGCCAAUAGAUGAAAUACCUAACAGUUCUAGGAGCUAAGCCUGUAAGAUGAGGCUGCUCAGCUCUGCGGUUCCACAGAAGCACAUUUUCUCUUUGAUUUGAUAAAUGUCUCACUCCUGGAUGAGUAGUGAGUGCAGACUUGGAAGACUGUGGACCACAUUUUCUAGUGUUCCAAACCCAGUGUAUGCCCUGAUGCAUAGGAUACUCGGAAUUAAGACAGGCAGGUUUGAUUUUCUUCAGAGAAGAACCCCAGUCCUCUAUAAUAAUUUAUUUCUUUAACAGCUAAGGCAGGGGCUUCUGGCCAGGCUGUGCGUCUAAGAAAACUAGUAACGUUCAGUGCUUCACUAGCUGGCUCUUGCUAUACCUGGCCUGUCAUCUGCUUCUCCUUACUGGCUAGAAAUCACUGCAGUAGGCAACAGUGUAAAUUCCUGCUCAUAGCACUGCACUGUCUUCAGCAGCCAUGUUUCAAAAGGUAUUUUCAAAAAACAUUUUCAAUUCAAAAACAUAUUAAAAAUCAGUGCCUUGUUUCAGAUGCCACAUCCUG